AUGGCAAAAUCAUCGAAAUCAGCCAAUGGCUCGCAUGAGAUGGCUCCCGUGCCAUCUCAUGUCGGACAGGUCCUCGAAGACCACUCGGUGACGCACGAUGCUGUCUUUGGCGAGAUCACAGCAGAUGGACCCAAUUAUCGCAACGUCGGGUGGCUAGGGACAUCGGUCUUGAUGAUGAAGACACAAAUCGGUCUCGGCGUUCUUUCGAUGCCUUCCAUCUUCGACGUUCUUGGAAUCGUCCCGGGCGUCAUCAUUCUCUGCACCAUUGCAGGAAUCACUACGUGGUCAGAUUACAUGGUUGGAGUCUUCAAGCUUCGCCAUCCACAAGUAUACGGAAUGGACGAUGUAGGAGAGCUGUUGUUCGGUCGUAUCGGACGCGAAGUCUUUGGUGCAUUCUUCGUACUUUUCUUCACCUUUACUGCUAGUUCUGCCAUGAUUGGUGUUUCUACUGCCUUGAAUGCCGUCUCCCAUCAUGGAGCUUGCACUGCCAUAUUUGUUGCUGUGGCCGCAAUUGCUAGUUUCUCGUUAGCCAGCAUAAGAACUCUGGGCCGCAUUACAUGGCUCGCAUGGGUGGGAGUCACCAGUAUUAUGGUUGCGGUCUUCACCGUGACUAUCGCUGUUGGCCUCCAGGACCGCCCUGCCGCAGCGCCUACCGACGGCGCAUUCGUGUCUGACUUCAAAAUAAUCAACAACCCUACCUUUACAAAGGCCAUCUCGGCCAUCUCAUCAAUCGUCUUUUCCUACGCUGGAACUGGUGCCUUCUUCCCGAUUGCGGCAGAGAUGAGGGAUCCUCGAUACUACACCCGUGCUUUGCUCCUUUGCCAGGUCGUGGUGACUUCUGUUUAUGUGGCUGUGGGGGUCGUCGUGUACUACUUCUGCGGCUCUUAUGUCUCUUCGCCUGCCCUUGGCUCUGCUGGACCCUUGGUUAAGAAGGUCGCGUAUGGUCUUGGUCUUGCUGGGCUGUUGGUCUCGUCAACCCUCGUAACUCACGUAAGAAACAUAUGUUCAAGUCCUUGA